ACGUAAUUGUAUACCAGCUGUAUAAUAAACACAUUAGCAGUAAUUAUUAUCAUUUUAAGUGAAUAAACUUACCAGAUGGCGACCGGUUUGCCGGAGUAAAAGCGUACGAUCGACUGAAAGCUAAAGGAAAAAACAACCAGGAACUACCUCCCUGAUUACGUCAACCGACUUCCGCCGUAAAGUGUGACGGCUUCCGUACUUACUUCUUACCCACGUUUCCACGCUCUUCUCACGGGAGAUACAACUGCUAGCGGAUAAAGGUCGCUUUUUAAAUAUUCAAUAUGAGGCCACUAACAGACGAAGAGACAAAAACGAUGUUUGAGAAGUUGUCGAAAUACAUCGGUGAAAACAUAAAGAUUCUAGUGGACCGACCUGACGGUUCCUACUGUUUCAGGUUACACAAUGACCGUGUGUACUACAUGAGUGAGAAAAUUCUUAAGUUGGCCACACACAUUUCCCGGGACAAGCUCGUGUCAGUGGGAACAUGUUUUGGAAAGUUCACAAAGACCAUUAAAUUCCGCCUGCACAUCACAGCUCUGGAUUUCCUGGCGCCCUAUGCAAAGUUCAAGGUGUGGGUGAAACCUGGAGCAGAACAGUCUUUCCUCUAUGGAAACCAUGUGCUAAAAUCUGGGCUUGGAAGAAUCACUGAGAACACCAUGCAGUAUCAGGGAGUAGUGGUCUACUCUAUGACGGAUGUGCCCCUGGGUUUUGGAGUGGCAGCCAAGACUACCCAGGAGUGUCGACGAGUGGAUCCCAUGUCCAUUGUCGUGUUCCACCAGGCCGACGUAGGAGAGUUCAUCAGGAAUGAAGAUACAUUAACAUAAAGAUGCAUCAACAGCUGAACUGUCAAAUGCCCCUUUUCUUAACCCAUUUAAUUCCCAGUAACAUUCACAUCCUUUCCCACCCAGAGCAGCUGUUUUCUUAACAGAAGUGGUUGGAUCUAAAGAGCCAGAGGUUUGAAAUCGGCCAUAUUGGAAAAAGAACCUGACUCGCCUUUGGAUACUGCUAAUCUGCCAGCUACAGGAUUCCCUAGUAACAGAGCUGAUGCGACCUGAUCAAAAAUGAAAGGGGGAAUGCUUGUCCGUUUUUGUAAAUGUAAUCUUUCAAAUAAAUCAAACAUCUUUGUA